GAAUUUUGUAUAUGCCCCGAAGUCAACCCGAAGUUAUAUGAGAUGGCAUCCACAGGUGGCAAAUCCAGAUUGAAAACAGUCUACAAAAACAAGCGUUCUAUUGGACCGCUUCAUACGUGUGGAUCUGUCGCGGUCUCUGGUGAUGGAAGCAAACUCGUUACUUGUGUUGCAGAGGAAGCUGUGCUCACCAAUAUUUUGACGGGCGAAGAAAUAUGUCGGUUUGCAGGGGACACUCAAUCGAUUACUUCGCUGUGCUUGACCCCAUCGGCUUCGCAACUAAUUGUAUUCACCUCUGCUCCUUCUUUGCAAAUAAAAUUCAUCCCGUGCGGGUGGAUUGCUCGUGCUCACGAUGCCCCCGUACACGUCUGCACCAUUGAUCCAUCCUCUACAUAUCUUGCUUCGGGCUCUGCGGAUGGUGUUGUCAAGGUUUGGGACAUCAAACGCGGCUACGUCACUCAUAUCUUCAAAGGGCACGGCGGCAUUGUGAGCGCGUUGAAGUUCAACUUCCCCCGAGACCCUUCUGUCGUAGUCCCACAAAAUAUACUCCAACUCAUCACGGCCUCUGUGGACACUCGCAUCCGGAUAUUUGAUUUAACGGCAGCCGCAAACAAGGGGGAUCAAGGUGCUCUACGUCCAAUCGCUGUUCUCGAAGGGCACGUUUCUGUUCCCCGGGGUCUGGACGUGACUCCUGACGGGAAAUGGCUUAUAAGCGGGGGAAGAGACUCUGUUGUUUUGGUCUGGAACUUGCACGCCAAGUCGACUGGAGCGAAAUCUGCAGAAGCCACUAAGGGGAAAGGAAAAAGCAAUUCACCUGUACUGGCUCAAACUAUCCCUGUUAUGGAACGCGUUGAGGCAGUUGGGUUGUUGCAGGCCGGGGACUUGGUUCCUAGUGGCAGUGCUUCCCAACUGCGUUUCUACACUGCUGGGGAGAAAGGUAUCAUCCGGAUAUGGGACGUAAAGAAUUCAUCCGUCUUAUAUUCCCUCAGCCAGGUGGCAGACCUACAGACUGGAGAUCAGGAGGAGCAGCGUCAGAUCGUAGAAGCUGUCUACUUGCCGUUAAUAUCGACACUCGUCUCGGUACAUGCAGACCAGAAUAUCCUGUUCUACGACCUGAACACUCGAAAUCUCCACCGGCAACUCAUCGGUUUCAACGAUGAGAUCGUUGAUGCGGUUUUCCUGUCUCCAAAUGCCCCAAAAUCUGUCGACUCUCACAUUGCAUUCGCUACAAAUUCAUCCCUCAUCCGGAUUUAUUCAACUGCAGGGCUAGAUGCGCGGCUUUUGACUGGCCACACAGAAAUCGUGUUAUCGCUUGACCAUGGCGCGGGAGGCAAACUCUUUGCGAGCGGAAGCAAAGAUCGCUCUGUUCGAUUAUGGGCGCCUGCAUCUCCGAACGACGACCUGCCGAUGGAGUGGGGCUGCGUUGCUAUCUGCGAAGGUCAUGCAGAAAGCGUAGGCACCAUCGCGAUGUCGCGAACUUCCGGCGAAAGUGGCACCGCCGGUGUGCAAUUUAUGUUCAGCGGUAGCCAGGACCGCACGAUUAAGAUGUGGUAUAUUGGCGACGUGCCGCUGGUUUUCGAUGCCUCUCAGCAUGACCAAAGCCUCAUGAAAUGCAAGAGUUUGACCACUCAUAAAGCACACGAGAAAGACAUUAAUUCUCUCGAUGUUGCACCAAACGACCGCCUUUUGGCAUCCGGAUCGCAAGACCGCACAGCCAAAAUAUAUGGGAUUGAUUUUUCCCGUGCAACUGGAGACCGCUCUGCACAUGGAGAGAUCAAACUACUAGGAACCUGUAAAGGCCACAAGCGGGGCAUUUGGACGGUCAAGUUUGGUCGCUCGGAGCGCGUUCUCGCAACCGGAAGCGGCGAUAAAACCGUAAAAUUGUGGAACUUGGAGGAUUUCACUUGCGUGAAAACGUUCGAGGGUCAUACCAACUCGGUGUUGAGAGUUGAUUUCGUCGAUCACGGCAUGCAGCUCGUUACAUCAGCAUCCGAUGGCCUUGUCAAACUGUGGAAUGUACGCGAAGAAGAGUGUACGGCUACCAUGGACAAUCACGAAGACAAGGUUUGGGCACUUGCCAUCAGCACGGAUGAGCGUACGAUUGUGUCUGCAGCAGCGGAUUCUGUAGUGACAUUCUGGCAAGAUUGCACUGAGGAACAGGAACGAGAGAACGAAGCUAAACGUUCCGAGCUGGUCUUGAGGGAGCAAGAUUUCAUGAACUAUCUGUCCCUUCAUGACUAUCGCAAAGCUAUACAACUUGCCCUCGCUAUGCAACAGCCUGGGAGAUUGUUAUCUCUAUUUAAAGGCAUUCGUGCCACCCCAUCGGAGUCCGCAGCUGAUGCAUCAUCGGUAACUGGCAACAGCUCAGUUGAUGAGGUGCUACGGACCCUCGGCGGGUCUGACCUUGCCCGCCUCUUACGCUAUGUUCGUGACUGGAAUCCCAAUGCUAAAACAAGCGGAGUGGCCCAAGGGGUGUUGUACGCAGUCAUGAAGCUGAGAUCGGUGGACGAUGUCAUAGCGGCAUUUACGGACGAAGCUCAGGAAGGUAUCUUACAAUCUUCUGGUCAAGAGAGCGUGAAAAGUACUGCGAGCGGCAACACUGCACUGAAAGAACUCGUCGAUAGUAUGAUUCCAUACACUGAACGACAUCUCUCCAGAAUGGACCGCCUUGUUCAGGAUAGUUUCGUGGUAGACUAUAUCCUGAGCGAGAUGGAUGACGGGAUGUUUGAUGGCCAGGACGUAGGUACUACGGACAUCGAUAUAGAGAUUGCAUUUCCAGUAAACCAUCAAAAGUAG